UCCCGUACGAAGAAGCUGAUGGAGACAAUUGGGAGAGAAAGUCUGGGCUACUAAAGAAUGGCUUAGUCCCCUUUUUCUUACCACACACCUCGGUUCCCAUGUAACGCACGCGGUCUUUUUCUCUUCACUGCCAAAAAGACGCGGUCCCCUUACCCUUUCUUCGUGGAGUGCGUGUGUGUCUGUGCCAACACUUUCAACAUUUUCAUUACGUCCAUUUAAUACUCCUGCUCCUCAAUUGCCGCAUCUCCAUAUCCCUCCCCCGCAAACUCGUCCGUCUACCCCGUCCUCCCCGGCGAGAAACGUUACCGAGCGAGGCUGUCCGAAUCCGGGGUUCUACAACGACCAACCAACAAAGAAUUGAGUCAUCUACAUACUCAAAUCGACGUCUUACCGGUUCGAUUGGAUCGGCAGCUAUCCGUGGACUGACACCACACGAUAUCCUCAACGACAACACUCAGAACCUCGCAAUCACCACCGACUACAAACCGCAAACAUGGAAGCGCCUCCCCGCGUCUCCGCCGACCAGGCCCUCGCUAGGCUGGGCUACAAGGCCGAGCUCCCGCGCAACCUGUCCAUGAUGUCCAUCCUCGGCCUCUCCUUCGCCAUCAUGGCCGUCCCCUUCGGCCUCAGCACCACAAUGUACAUCACCCUGACCAACGGCCAGGCCGUCACCGUCCUCUGGGGCUGGGUCCUCGUCUCCAUCAUCUCCCUCUGCAUCGCCGCCUCCCUCGCCGAGAUCUGCGCCGUCUACCCGACCGCCGGCGGCGUCUACUACUGGUCCGCCAUGCUCGCGCCCGCCGGCUGGGCGCCGCUCGUCAGCUUCGUCGACGGAUGGCUUACCCUCGUCGGCAACUGGACUGUUACACUAAGUAUCAACUUCAGCGGUGCGCAGUUGAUUCUCAGCGCGAUUAGUGUUUUCAACGAGGACUUUGUCGCGAAUACGUGGCAGACUGUGCUUUGCUUCUGGGCUGUCAUGUUGGUUUGCGCCGGAGUAAAUGCAUUUGGAUCGCGGUACCUGGAUCUGAUCAAUAAGGUCUGCAUCUACUGGACUGGUGCUUCCGUUCUCAUCAUCAUGAUCACUAUCCUGGUCAUGGCCCCCAGCAAGAGAUCUGCCGAGUUUGUCUUCACCCACUACGACGCCUCUGCAAGUGGAUGGGCUCCCGGCUGGUCAUUCUUCGUCGGUCUGCUCCAAGGUAUGCUCGCCAAUCACCCUACACUCACGAAUACAGCCCAAUUGACACCUCUACUAGCCGCCUACACCCUCACCGGCUACGGUAUGGUCGCCUCCAUGUGCGAAGAAGUCCAGAACCCCGAACGCGAAGUCCCCCGCGCCAUCGUCCUCUCCGUCGCCGCCGCCGGCGUCACCGGUGUCAUCUACCUCAUCCCCAUCCUCUUCGUCCUCCCCGACGUCACCAUGCUCCUCGAGGUCGCAAACUCCCAGCCCAUCGGCCUCCUCUUCAAGACCGUCACCGGCUCCGCCGCUGGCGGCUUCGGCCUCCUCUUCCUCAUCCUCGGCAUCCUCAUGUUCGCCGGCAUCGGUGCCCUGACCGCCGCCUCCCGCUGCACUUACGCCUUCGCCCGCGACGGCGCCAUCCCCGGCUACAAGCUCUGGAGCCGCGUCAACCACAAGCUCGACAUGCCCCUCUGGGCCCUCGGUCUGUCUACGGGUGUCGACAUGAUCCUCGGCUGCAUCUACUUCGGCUCCAGCGCAGCUUUCAACUCCUUCACUGGCGUCGCUACCAUUUGCCUGUCCACCAGCUACGGCGUGCCCGUCCUCGUGAACCUGAUCCAGCGCCGCCGCGCCGUCGCCAACUCGCCCUACCCGCUCGGCAAGUUCGGCACCGCCAUCAACUGCAUCUGCAUCGUCUGGAUCUGCUUCGCCGUCAUCAUCUUCUGCAUGCCCGUCAGCUUGCCCGUCGACGCCUCGACCAUGAACUACGCCUCUGUUGUCUUUGCCGGCUUCGCCUUCAUUGCCAUCACGUGGUACUUUGCCUACGCGAGAAAGAACUUCCACGGACCCCCGGUCGCCAAGGAGGAGUUCCAGCCUGGGCCAGAGGGCACGCUGGAGGGAAAGAUCCCGGGAAACGUUGACUCGGAGACAACGGCGAGUACGGAAAAGAAAUGAUCUUUUUUUGGCUUUCUUUGUUUUCAGAUUUGAGUAGACGCUGAUUGGUUUGUGGGAUCAGUUGCGUGUACGUAGAAGUUGAUUUGCCUUUUGUUAUGAUACCAAUUUGGGGUGGCUCUCACACAUCCUGACAAUCAUUCAUCCAUUGAAAAUUCUUCAUCC